CCAGACAGAGAACUUUAAUUCAGCUGUAGCCAUGACCUAACAUCACCCAGUGGAUGGGUGUAAUGUGAGGGGUAGUUGCUGAGGAGGACGCUGAAAAAGACAUCCAUUACCUCUGGGGUGUGUGUGUGGUAAGCUGCUGAGCUUUUGAUGUAACUGGAGCAAGAAAAGAGCCAUGGGGAGGCCAGUGUUUGAAGUUCCUCUGAUCCUGUUGGCUGUGAUGUUGAUGGGCACUGGGGCCAACAAUUGUGUGUGCAAUGGGAGAUCAAGGUGCCGCUGUGAAGGAGUGAAAGGCAGCAGGGGAGACAAAGGUUUUCUAGGACUUCCAGGUCCCCCAGGGCCGGGGGGCCAUCCAGGACCAGAUGGUCAUGCUGGACCUUUGGGACCAAAGGGCAACACUGGGCCCAAUGGACCUGCGGGGCCAAAAGGCGAUCCGGGACCUGAAGGCAAAGAAGGAUUUGCUGGCUCUCAUGGUUUGCCGGGUAUUCCAGGUUUACAAGGACCUCCGGGACCUCCAGGAGCUCCAGGCUGCAAUGGAACAGAUGGAGAGGAUGGACCUCCUGGUGUUCCCGGGGCCCACGGGAUUGAUGGACAUGCAGGUCCACCUGGUGCGCCUGGGCCUAAGGGUGAAUCUCGGGUAUCAGUGGGUGCAAUACCAGGGCCACCUGGGCCACCUGGGAGGGAUGGAGUGCAGGGGGCUCCAGGUCCCCCUGGACAGCAUGGACCACCAGGGGACCGUGGACCAUGGGGCCCUGUUGGGCUUAGUGGCCGUCCUGGGGCACCAGGACCUAAGGGACAAGAGGGUAUAGGUGGUAUCCCAGGACCUCGCGGACCAAAGGGGAGAACAGGACCGCGAGGACCACCGGGGCCACCAGGUCGGAUCAAGGAGUUUUUAACCGAGAGUCUUGUGUUAAAGGGUGAAAAAGGAGACAGAGGAGAUGUAGGCAGAAAAGGCUGCAAGGGUGAACCAGGAGACCCUGGCUAUUAUGAAAAAGGAGCAAAGGGGGACAAAGGAGAGCAUGGUCCAGAUGGUAAGCCAGGGAAGGAUGGUGGCCCUGGACGAGACUUUAGGGGGAUUCCUGGUCCCAGAGGUGAUCCAGGAUAUCCAGGGACACAAGGAGAGACGGGUGAAAAGGGAGAUCGGGGUCCCCCUGGUCCUACAGAUAUAUAUGUGACUGAGCCACUCAAAGGAUACCCUGGAGAUCCUGGUUUCCAAGGCCCACCUGGGCCCCCUGGGCGUCAAGGUGUUGAGGGAUUUCCUGGACCUGACGGACCUCCAGGCCAUUCAUCUGGGGAUUAUGUGCCUGGCCCACGUGGUCCCAAUGGCUUUCCGGGCAGCAAAGGAGACCCUGGGGAGCCUGGUGAUAUUUUUCCUGGACUCCCAGGUCUCAAUGGGGAUGAUGGGGAUCAAGGGCCUCCUGGGGAUCCGGGCCCGCCUGGACCUCCUGAAGACAGAACUAACAGGAUUACCAAGGGUCUCCCAGGAGCGAAGGGAAUGAGGGGUGCACCUGGACAUAUGGGACAUGAUGGGGUGUAUGGAAGGAAAGGAGAGAAGGGGGAGCCCUGUUAUGAGUGUAUCGGAUCAGGAUCCCCAGGACCACCGGGUCCACGCGGUCCACCAGGCAUCCCUGGAUAUAAUCAAGGACCAGGUGCUAAAGGUGAUCCAGGCAUUCCAGGACCUCCUGGCCUACCUGGAAGCCCAGGUCCUAUUGGUCAAAAUGGAUUUCCAGGCCCUCCAGGACAAAAGGGAGACUCAUAUUCCCACAGCACUCCUGGGAUAAAGGGAGAGCAAGGUGACCCAGGACAGCCUGGCAGGCCUGGUACAGAUGGCCUCCCUGGGUUUCCUGGGCUGCCAGGUCGCAAAGGCGAUCAAGGGCCUCCGGGGGAUUCGUAUCCCUCCUUUGGUGCACUGGGGGACCGGGGUUCCCCAGGUCUACCAGGGCCUUUAGGCAGUCCUGGACCUGUUGGCUACCCUGGGCCAGUGGGAUAUGGGCCUACUGGAGUUCCAGGAAGUAAGGGAGAUGUUGGGGUACCUGGCCUGCCAGGACAGGCUGGAUUUCCAGGCCAGAAAGGUGAACCUAGCUACGUCCACACGAAAGGACUUCCUGGACCACGUGGAUUUACAGGCCUGCCUGGUCCACCCGGAAGCCCAGGCAUUAAUGGAGCACCAGGUAUCCCAGGAACACCAGGUUUUCGAGGACAGAAAGGAGAAAGUGGGGAGGUGUCAUUUCCUGGAAGGCCAGGGUUGCCGGGACAAAAAGGUGACAAGGGGCAGCCAGGUCUUCCAGGCCAUUCACGUAGGGGCUUGCCUGGUCUGCCAGGUCCACCAGGCCUUCCUGGACCCGCAGGACUGAAGGGUGAUGGCGGCCCUGGAUACCCUGGACCCCCAGGACCCCCAGGGCCUCCAGGAGCAGACGGAGAUCAGGGGCCUGUUGGAGAUCCUGGGAUCCCUGGCCCUCCUGGGAUCACAGGACCAAACGGCAGUCCUGGUUUUCAAGGAGAAAAGGGAAUGAAAGGUUCCGUAGGGCCCCAAGGACUACCUGGUAGUAAAGAUUUAUGUAAAGGUGAUCUACCUGGACCAAGGGGACCACAAGGACCAGAUGGUUAUCCAGGACUUCCAGGACCUAAUGGCUCCCGCGGUGAGAAGGGGAACCCAGGUUUGCCACAGUUUGGUCGUCCUGGUGUACCUGGUGAACCUGGUUCUCCUGGGCAGUCAGUGCCAGGCCCACCUGGGCUCACUGGACAAAAAGGGAUCAAAGGACAGAGCGGCCCGCCUGGUCAACCAGGACUGAGAGGAGACCCUGGACCAGAUGGGUCACCAGGAUAUGGACCAAAAGGGGAAACUGGAGUUGUAGGACCACCAGGCCAAAUAGGUGACCCGGGCCCAGACGGCGCCAGAGGUCCCCGGGGUCCACCAGGCAUGGAUGGUGACCCAGGUCCCAUGGGUCCUCCAGGCAUAUCAGCACAACCACUGCAUAUUUUUGGGCCCCCAGGGGACCCUGGUGAUUUGGGUUACGCUGGCCUGCCUGGUGCCCAUGGAGAUAAUGGAGGUAUUGGACCAAAAGGGCUGAGAGGGGUAAUUGGAGCGCCAGGGAGUCCUGGACUAAGAGGUCCCCCAGGUAAUCCAGGUGUUGAUGGAAUAGUGCUCUCAAAAGGAGGUCGAGGACCUCCUGGAGCUCCAGGGGACCCGGGAGUCCGAGGGCCUCCAGGCCAAAAGGGAAUAAAAGGGCAUCAAGGAAUCCCUGGAGGGCCAGGUCUAGAUGGUGUACCAGGUCCAACAGGUAACAAAGGAGUUAAUGGAGAGCCAAAUUACAAUGGAUAUGGACCGCCUGGACCAGUAGGACAAAAGGGUGAACCAGGAUUAACCAAUACUUAUGUGAUGAAGGGUCAGAAAGGUGAACCUGGUUCUUUUGGACCUUCAGGUUUACCAGGAAACCAUGGAGCCAAAGGAAACCCUGGGUGUUUAGGACAAAAUGGUUCCCCAGGCUAUCAAGGGCUUAAAGGUUCAGAUGGGCCUCCUGGAGGCAAAGGACAGCGAGGACCCAAUAGACCAGGUGACCCAGGCCUGCCAGGUGGCGGCGGUUAUCCAGGUCCUAAAGGCAACCAGGGCCAGGAUGGGAUCCCUGGACCACCAGGGCAGAAAGGAGAGACUAUCAUAAUAGGAGGGAAACCAGGCAGACGUGGUAACCCAGGUCAACAAGGCCCCCCCGGAGACCCCGGUCCCCCCGGCUUUCCUGCUACAGGAAGUCCUGGGCCAAUAGGAGACGUAGGAUAUCCAGGUGCACCUGGGGUAACUGGUGUGAAAGGACUACCAGGAAGAGAAGGGGCUUGUGUUGCUGGUCCCAAAGGAGAGCGCGGCCGUCCUGGUCCGUUUGGCCGCCCAGGCUGUCGUGGUGUACCUGGCCCUCCUGGUCCCACAGUGCCUGGGUUAAAAGGAGACAAAGGGGACCCAGGUCCUACAGGAGGUCCAGGCUAUAGCGGACUCAGAGGAGAUCGAGGCCCUGAGGGUCUACCAGGUCCGAGGGGCAGACCUGGAGACCCAGGACCAAGAGGUGAUCCCGGUCCUCCUGGAAACUAUGGGCCCCCUGGUGGCAAGGGAGACCCUGGAUACAUCCCAGGCCCUCCUGGUCCACCUGGGGUGAAAGGAUUUCCUGGACGACCUGGCUUAAAAGGCAAACCAGCAUUUGUCAGGGUGAUAUUUGAACCAGGACCUCCCGGCUCACCUGGUCCCCAUGGCAAUCAAGGAUCCCCAGGGAGCACUGGACCAGCAGGACCAGCAGGUCCACCAGGUCGGACAGGCAUCAAAGGAGAGCGUGGUUUCACGCCAGACGGCCCGCCCGGAUUUACUGGCCACAAAGGAAACAAAGGCAGUGCAGGGCUGCCAGGUCCACCAGGCGCUCUUGGAAAACCAGGCAAAAAGGGUCCCCCAGGGUUGCCAGGCAGAGGUGGACCAGGUUAUGUCGACAGUUUCCUCAUAGCCAGACACAGUCAGAGCACCAGUGUGCCCGACUGCCCUCAUGGCACCAGCCGCAUCUACUCUGGUUACUCCUUCCUCUUCAUCAACGGAAAUGAGAGAGCUCAUGGUCAGGACCUUGGCACCACGGGAAGCUGUCUCCCUCGUUUCUCCACCAUGCCCUACCUGUUCUGUGACACAGAGAGUAACUGCCGCUAUGCUUCACGUAACGACUACUCCUACUGGUUGUCCACUGACACUCCUAUGCCUGCCAAUUUGGUUUCCAUCACAGGGGAUAAACUGGCCUCCUACAUCAGCAGGUGCUCAGUGUGUGAAACCACCUCCAAUGUCAUAGCCAUCCACAGCCAGACAACGCUGAUACCUGUAUGUCCACAAGGCUGGGAGUCACUAUGGACUGGAUACUCAUUUGUCAUGCAAACGGGCGCUGGAGCAGAGGGCUCCUCCCAGCCCCUGGUAUCUCCUGGCUCAUGCCUUGAAAGUUUCCGCCAAGUGCCCUUCAUCGAGUGUCACGGCAGGGGAACGUGUAACUACUACCCUGAUUCUUAUAGCUACUGGCUGGCUUCCCUAGACCCUAACAGCAUGUUCAGUAAACCUGUGCCUCAGACAGUGAAGGGACCUUCUCUACAAAGCGUCAUCAGCCGUUGUCGAGUCUGCAGCAAACAUCAGCCAGGUGGUAGAGGAGACGAAAGACGUGGGGACAAUUUUUAACAUUCAGUAUUAUCUUUUCCAACAUCAUUUGAAGAAUGAAAAUGUGAAGAUUGUCAGAUUGGUAGUUUGUAGUGUCGACGUGUUUGUUCAACUGAUGCCUUCGAGUUACAAAUCUGUGUUUGAGUCUGAGGAAAACACACUUUGACACAUUUCAAGCAAACUGCCAAUCAUCUGUAAUUGCAGGUGUGUUAUAGGCGCUGAUAAUAGUGUAUAUUAACAUAAACAAAACGUUCAGUAACUCAUUAUGUUAUAGAGGCUGUAGUGUGCCACCUGUGUGUAAUUAUUCUGGCUUCAAGAACAGCCAGUAAUAACAGUGAUAAAAGUACUACUAGUUGCAGCAAUAGGAGAGAUAUUCUGUUUUACUUUAAAAUCUUGCAAAUACUUGACUUGUGAGUGACAUAUGGAAAACAAGCACAACACCCACGCUGCCUAUGUUGCCAUAUCCGUGUGACCAAAGGUGUCUUGAUGCACUAAAUGUCCUGAUAUGUGCAGCUGAGAAAUGAUUAACCUAUCCACACAGAGCUGAUGUCAGUGGGUGACGUUAAGACGCAUGAGGUCACAACAGAUAACACACACAUGUUCCUAUGACAUCCGGAGAGGUAGUAUGUCGUAAAUGUGACACAGUCUCGCUUUGGAACCGUUACGUUGUGUGUUCACACGCAAAUAUUGAGUCAUUCCUCCCCUCGCUCUAAAAGCAUUUCUUUGAUUUUCAGCAUGUUAAAUGGUGCAUGGAAAAGACUUUAUGACUCAUACUGCCUACAACUUUCUCCAAUCCAUUUUAAAUGAACUGUCGGGAGGCUGUCUCUGUGGCUUCGGGUCUAAAAAUGCACAUUAAGAUCUUGCGAGGAGAUACUGUGAAAUCAUUUCUUUACAUUCCAUCUCUCUUGUUUUGAUUUGUCAAUUGGAGGAGAAGAUAUUAAAAUUAACUACAAAUGAAGAAUGAGUAAUGGUUAUUUUUACAGUGUGUUAAUCUCCCUGUUGAUUCCACAUGUGACCAGUGGUUUGAAAAGCUGUUAUCAGAAAUAAUCCAGCUAAUUUUCCCCUCAGAAUAGCCUCAUCCCUCUUGUGAUUCUUAUUUCUCUGCGCUCCUCUCUCAGCAGAGUAAUACAUCCCUGAGGACCAGUCAUUCAGGCUCGCUCAUCCAUAUCUGUCACCGUGAUCAAUAGAUGCAAACUCCCCAUAUACCUAGAUGCAAAAAGGUACAACAAUGUCCUCAAACAGCACCGUGUUCAAAAUGCUGUUGCUUUUUGGCACGCAGAUAUUCCAACAUCGAUUGCUCAGAGUCAGAAAUAACAAGCAGCCUCAUAUGCUUAUGUAAGGCAGGCAGCUAACACAAGUAACAACUGAAGAGGAGCUGAACCCUCUUAUGGGAAUUAAAAACCCGUGAUGAAGUAUCGCACUGAUUAUCUAAUUAAUUUUUCUGACGUUUUUGGAGCAAAACCUCAACUCAUUAAAACUCCAGUUCCAACACAUCUGAAAAAAGUCCUGAUGUAACAUGCAGCCACUCCUUGAAUGCCACCUUAAAUUAAAUGAGUGUUACAUGGCCUGGUGCAGACAGUUGUCAGCAUGGAUAGAAACACUCUUUGCUGUAAAGUGCUCUUGGUAGCCUUCUUAACAGGAUUAUUCUGCUCCCGACAGUGCACUUACUAAUUGUUUAGGCAGCUAUAUUAGGCUUCUACACCUCUAUAAUUGGGUUAGAAUGGCGUUUUGUUGAAAGGUUGAUGCGCUUCAAGGUUGUCUCCUACGUGAGAAGGACGUGUCCUUUCAGUUUCCUUCAUACAUGUGCCUUAGAAACACAUCUGUUCAUACAUUUACAUCUUCAUGUGUUGGAGGGGAAAUAAUUACUACAUGCUGAAUUUUGAAAAAUUGAAACUUUAUGAAACACAUUUAGAUUCCAUUAUAAGAUUUUUUUAUUCCCAAAUUCAUGUCAGAUCUUAAUCAUGGGUGGAUUAUUAUGAGACAAUGGGCCCCUGGGCACAGAUAUGCAAAAGACUCCACCAUCUUUCCUACAGGGGCAAGACACACAGACUUCGUGGUGGUUUUGCCUCUCUUUUGUUGUUGUUUUGCAUCUCUUUGUGGUUAGUGUGUCUCUUUUGGGUAAUUAUGUGUCUUUAUCGGUCGUUUCAUGUCUCUUUGUAGUUAUUUUGUGUCCCUUUGCAUCUCUUUGUGGUCUUUUUGUGUCUCUUUGGGCUGAUUUUGUUUCGCCAUGAGGUUGUUUUUUGUUUCUCUGUGGUUGUUUUGUGACUUUUUUGGUCCUUUUGUGUAUCUUUGUAGUUACAGUGCCUUUGCAUCUCUUUGUGGUGUUUUUGUGUGUUUUCUGGGUAAUUUUGUGUCUUUAUUAGGUGUUUUACAUCUCUUUGUAGUUAUUGUGUGCCUUUGCAUCUCUGUGUGGUCUUUUUGUGUCUCUGUGGGCUGAUUUUGUGUCGCCUUGUGGUUGUUUUUGGUUUCUUUGUGGUUGUUUUGUGUCUCUUUUUGAGGUCAUUUUGUGUUUUUUUUUCUGGUCCUUUUAUGUAUCUUUGUAGUUAUUUUGUGUCCCUUUGCAAUGCCUUUGCAUCUCUUUGUGGUCUUUUUUUGUGUCUCUUUGGGCUGAUUUUGUGUCACCUUGUGGUUGUUUUUGGUUUCUUUGUGGUUGUUUUGUGUCUCUUUUGAGGUCAUUUUGUGUCUUUUUUGGUCCUUUUGUGUAUCUUUGUAGUUAUUUUGUGUCCCUUUGCAGUGCCUUUGUGUCUCUUUGUGUCUAUUUUGGGCCCUUGGGCCUGUGCCUGGCUGGCCAAUUCAGUUAUCUAUCCAUGGUGUUAAUCCAGAAUAACUACAGGUGAAGUCGAUAGCUGUGACCUCUUGAAACUUCAUAUUAUGAACAUUUUUUUGCAGAGUAAUUCCCAUACAAACUACAGAGACGUUGCC